CCAAAAAGACAUUCUGUUGGUCCCCUGUCGUCCCCCCCAGUGUAGUAAUUAAAUAGAUCAUUAUUACACUUAUCUACUCUUAUUCUGCUCCAUAGCCAGAUUUCUUGGCCAUUGAUUUUCAUAUACAUAUGUACGGACUACGGAGUAUAUGUUAUGCUCUUCAAAUCAAUCCACAGAUAGAUUUGGACCAUAACUUAGACAAGUUCUGAAAAUUUCAAUGAAAAACAAAUUGCUCGUAUUUGGGCAAGAGAAAGCCACUAUGGUAGGGAGGCGAAGUUCUGACAAGAGAAGUUCUGUAUCUGGGGAAAAGCAUAACCGUUGUGUGAUUGUUCCAUUUGCAGUUGAUAUUGUUGCAGAAGCUAUAGAAAGAAAAGACACUAAUUGGUUUGUUCGGACAAAAGUAUCAAGCAAUCUGGUCGUACAAAUUGGAAAGAAGAGCAAAUUCCACUUACACAUUCUUCCUAUGAUAUCAAGAAGUGCAUAUUUGAAUAGAAUUGUGUUCGAGAAGAAAAAUGCUGGCAUGAGUAUUAACAGCUUAACUGUGGAACUAAACAACCUUCCGGGUGGAGCAGAGAUAUUCGAGCUGAUAGUAGAGUUCUGUUAUGGUUGGAAGGUUGAGCUAACAGCCAAUAAUGUUGCACCAUUAUACUGUGCAGCAAACCACUUGGAAAUGGUUGAUGAUCUGGAAGUCGGUAACCUCAUUUCCAGGACCGAAACAUUCUUAAGCUUCAUAAUAUUUUCUUCCUGGAAAGACACAUUUCAUGUUCUGAAAACCUGUGAAACAAUCUCUUCAUAUGCUAGAGAUUUACAAAUCCAGAGAAGGUGUUCUGAGUCAAUUGCUUGGAAAGUUUGUACAGACCCAACAGCGAUUUCUCUUGGCAAUGAUGAGUUACAAUGCUUCAAUUUUUGUGUGGAAAACCACACUGAUUAUUCAUAUGAGAAACAAGUAGCAGAGAAUUGGUGGUUUGAAGAUGUUUCAUCUCUUCGAAUUGAUCAUUUCAUUGAAGUGGUGGCCUUUAUUAGGAAGAAAGGAGUUAAACCAAAGGUUUUGGGAUCCUGCAUAGCUUACUGGACAGCUAAAUGGCUAUCGCGAAUGUCUUUUGGGGUUCAAAUACCAACCAGUAAAACCAUAAACCACCAAGUGAGAAGGGUGAUUGUUGAGAGCUUAAUCAGGAUAAUUCCUGUUGAGGAAAACUCAGUACCUUGCAAUUUCUUGCUUCAUCUUUUAAAGCUUGGUUCGAUGAUGAAAAUCGAUGCCAGUUUAUUGUCUAAUCUGGAGAAAAGAAUCGCGUCAGACUUGGAGGAUUGUCAACCAUUAGACCUCUUGGUUAAGAAUUAUGGAGAAAGUGAGACUUUGUAUGAUGUCAACAUUGUUGCAAGGGUAGUGGAUGCUUAUGUUUCACUUUCUUCGAGGAAUUCUACAUCGAAGAUCUUUGUAGUUGCAAGGCUGAUAGACAGGUUUCUUGCAGUUAUAGCAAGGGACAAAAACCUUCCAGUUGAUGGUUUUCGAAUGCUUGCAGAAAUAUUUCUAAAGAAUGUUCGUUACUCUGACGACAAUCUCUACAGAGCCAUUGAUAGAUAUCUCAAGACACACCCAGACAUGACAGAGAAAGAGAGAGAAGAGGUAUGCAGAGCCAUGGAAUACCAUAAGCUAUCACAAGAAGCACGUGAGCACGCGAUGAAGAAUGACAGACUGCCAUUGAAUAUAAGCACACAAUUUAUCCUUCUUCAGCAAGUGAAUAUGGUGAAGUCCAUGGUAAAUGAAAGGUCAAUGUAUCGAAGAACAAAAGCACAGAUGAUUGUCAACAAGCAAAGCGAAUGCUUUAAGAUUCAAAAGCAGAUGAAGAUUAUGAAACAAGAGGUUGAAAGCUUGAAGAUUGAGCUGAGUAAGGUGCAACUUUGCAAAGCCAAUAUCAAAAGGCUGGUUAGGAAGUUGUGAUUUGAAAAUUAGGCUAAACUUCUGUUGAUGAUACUUUAGCCUGAAUCUGUUGUGAUGUUAAAUCCGUUUUGAUCAAUUCUUGUAAAUUUCAAAUGAAUCUUAUCAGCAACUAAAUGAGAUUACCCUUUGUCCUUUAAA